CCUUGCCAGACCAGAAAAUGCCAUUAGUCUUGAGUAUCAUAUCCCGCUCUAGAACUACAUUGUAACUAUCACAUAGUAGAACUUACUGUGUCGUUGAGAGCUUGACACUUCCAGACAACGUAAUUGUUAUGGAGUUUUUAGAUGCCACUUCACCCAUUGUUUAUCCUAACACGGCGUUAUAUAGGUAGACAGACUUGUAGACGCACAUACACCAGCCAGUUUUGACAAUGAAGAGCAGAUUGCUGAUAGUGGUCUACAUCGUUGGGAUGCUUGGAGUGAAACCAUCGCACUUUGGAGCAGCAGCAGAUGCAAUAGCCAACGAAAAAUCAGCAAAUCCGGAGUCCAAAUCAGUAUUACCAAGUGUUUCAGCAGCUACGGAGAGGCGAAUUAUUCUACCCGAAACAGGACCAUCAACCGCUCUUAGUCUAGGCCUGAACGUUCCCUUGAUUUUCCUGGCCUUGUCUGCUCUUCUAGCGCUUCUAUAUCGAAUGAAGUGCAAGUCCCGCUCGGCAAUCGUUUCUUCUCGGAAGCGAAAUGGAAAAAAGAGAAACUUGCCGAUCCCGUCUGCCUCAGUCCGCCAUCAAACAUUCCGCAAAGUGGCACCAGAUCCAUGUGGGAGUCCGCAAUACGAUGAAGCUAUCGACUCGAGCGAAGCAAGCUUUGCCUUCAACUCGCCCAAAUCCAUGACCAAUAAAACAAAUCAGAAUCGUGCCCAUUUGCAUGUGUCCAAAGCUCCAUCUAAUGGUGAACACACCAAUGAUUCACUCUAUGAAUAUCUGGAUGCACCUACCGGUAAAUACGCCAGUGCUGAAGUGCCCACCCCAAGGACACUGCCGUCUAUCACAGACCUCCCUUCGCACAGCCCCAUAGUGGCAACAGAUCAUUCGCGAAGUCCAUACUAUAUUGAUGCCAUCAAUCCGAGGAAAGAAGGCAUUACCGUCAGCGAUCCCAAAUCCUCCUCCAUGAUUGACAACACAAAGCAGGAUUGCAUCCACGUACAGAUGGCCACAACUCCACAUAAGGGUGGAACAACCUAUGAUUCACUGCGCGCUGGCCUGAAGACACCUGAAGACGCCAAGGCUGAAGCGCAAGGUCGUGACUACACGCGACUAUCUGCGCGUACACAAGCACAUCCCAACUCUUACGAAAGUCUUGGUCCCCAAGGCAACGAUGUCCACAGUGGGGAAUCCCCGGAAUCACCACCAGGCCUCAAGCCUGAUGGUCAUACCUUGUCUACAUGUGACGUUACAUACAAUGCACCCGACUCAGUGGAAUAUAGCAACGCGUCGGCUCCCGGCACACAAGCUGUUUAAACUCCUCCAAUGCCAAAUGCCUGUGUGGAAGCCAUUCCUGAAGCUUGACCUGCAAGCAAAGCCUAAAUCCAGCAGCUACUUCAGCUUCUAUACAAUGAACACUAUCGCCAAAAGAUGGUAAUUGACACAGUGUGGACGUGAGCUUCUACUGCUGGAAAAUGGAUUGUAGGAAUGUAUUGCUAUCGGAAUCCGGUCGUUUGGGACCAAGUGGAAUGUGAUGACACACGAACUUUGUUUUGUCCGUGGCAGACUGAGUUUGAAUAUUCUGGAGUGUCUUGCAAUGCCUUUACAAAAUCUGUUUUUAUUAACCUCGGGUACUGUCCUCUCCUAUUAUUUUCUUAUUUUUUACAUUUUAACUAACCCUGUCGCAUAUUGCAUACAGUAACCUUCGUUCAAUACAAAAUGGAAGGGUGCAGUGUUUUUAAGAUUUUUGUUAAUUAAUGGUAGCACUGGACUAUGUUUGUUCAAUUCGGCGGAUCUUGAAAAAGAAUGGCUUCAGGUUUUGGAAAUGAACAGUUAUCACCCUAAUUUCAAUUCAUCUGCCGCCACCUUUCACACAACCACUACAUUUUAAUGUUGAAAACACACGCGGAUGGUUUCGACAGUGCUAUGUGCACCUGCGAGCUGCUAUGAUUCGUACUUUAAUCAAGGUCUACACUAGUUAGACUACAUUGCACUGUACUGUAUACAUGUACGUGUACACGUACAUUGGUAUUGCUUGCUUUAGGUAUUUCAAAGGCGUACUACCGUGA